UCAUCUUCGACUUAUGGCUGUUAGAGUACUGAUGUUGGCCUCAACAAUGAGUUUAGAAGUAAACAAAUACAAUUUUUGUUUGUGUAAAUGUUGAUUUGUGUAUGUAAAAAUGAAGGUUAAGCGACAUAAAAGGGUCCACAAAUAUAUUAGUUUCUUUUGUAAUAAUUUUGGAUUUCGUCAGCCUUAUCAGGUUUUAAUUGAUGGGACUUUCUGCUAUGCUGCUCUUAAGAACAAAGUGAACAUCAGAGACCAACUGCCAAAAUAUUUGGAAGGAGAUGUCAAGUUUCUGACAACACAAUGCGUUGUUAUUGAAGUUGAGAAUCUGGGGUCCGCUGUAUUUGGUGCAAUGCUGAUCGUGAAGCAGUUUGGCAUUCACAAGUGUGGACAUGAGAAGAAGCCAGUUCCGGGGUCGACAUGCCUGUUGUCCAUGCUGGGCGAAACCAACACCAGCAGGUACAUCUUGGCGACUCAAGACCGCGAACUGGAGGUUUUGGCCAGCAGGGUUCCCGGCACUCCAGUGUUGUACUUGCACCAGAAAACCCCAGUGUUGCAGCCUCCGUCAGAUGCAAGCACAAGCUUUGCUUCAUCACACACCCAGGCUUUGUUUGGUGUCAGGCAGCAUGAGGAGGAAACAAUAAAAAAUCUCAAGAAAAGGUUCGGUUUGGUAGAGGAGGAAACUAUAAAGAAACGGAAGAAGAAAAGAGGCCCUAACCCAUUAUCAUGUAAAAAGAAGAAGAAAAAGACAGUCCAAAAUGUUGAGAAGCCUGAACAAAAGCGCAGAAGAAAGAGAAUUAAAUUGCCUAAACAUGUAAAAGAAGUCUUGAAAUCAGAAGUUUUAGGCCAAGUACAGCCGAAAGGUUAAAUUCCACUUAAUUAAGCUGUAUUUCAUUGACAUAAAUACAAACCAAGAGUAUUUAUUUAUACAUGCUACAAUCAAAAACUAUUGGAAAUCAU